CCAGGAUCUUUAUGCCAAGUUGAAUAGAAUGGCUAGUAUAGCAGCAGAUAUGUUUGUAGGCCGGGAGAGAUUUGCCACACUGUUGUUAAUGAGGCUCACAGAGACUGUCAUUUUAUGGCUUUCAGAAGAUCAAACAUUUUGGGAUGACAUCGAGGAAGGACCUAGGCCAUUGGGUGAUCUUGGUCUACAACAGUUCUAUCUGGACAUGAAAUUUGUCAUGUGUUUCGCCUCGCAAGGCCGCUACUUGUCCAGGAACUUGCACCGUGUAGUGAAUGAUAUUAUAAAUAAAGCAAUUGCAGCAUUUUCUUCAACAGGCAUGGAUCCAUAUAGUGUACUUCCAGAAGAUGACUGGUUCAAUGAAGUUUGUCAACACGCUAUAGAGAAGCUGAGUGGUCAACCGAAGAACAACAACGGAGAGCACGACCUCAACAGUCCAACCGCUUCUGUUUCAGCUCAAUCUAUCUCAUCAAUGAGAUCUCAUGGAAGUUCCUGA